UCCCAUCUCAGCUCCUCUUCUGGCGUCCUUAUCCCACCCCCUGUUUCCGCAUUCAUCCUCCAGCGGCUGGUGGGACCGUGAAGGGAGAGGAAAAGACGCAAGAAGGCUGGGAGAAGCGUGGGGAAAGCGAAAACAAGCUGCCAAACCAGGGAAUUCCUCCCAAUUUGCAAAGGAAAUCUGCUGACGUUAGUUAAAUUUAACAUCCUUUUAUGUCUAACAUUUGACUUUGGAAACAAAAAUGAACUUUGCGGAGAAAGAGGACUCUAAGAGAUACUGCAUCAAAGCGAAACAUGUGGCCAUUAUCUGUGCGGUGGUGGUGGGCGUAGGAUUAAUAGUGGGACUGUCUGUGGGCUUGACCAGGUCGUGUGACUCCGCGGGAGACGCCGGGCAGAGCACGCCUCCGGCUCCUUCCUCUUCGAGCCCUCCGCAGGACCAGGGGGUCUGCCCUGCCAGUGAGGAUGAAAGUGGAGAGUGGACAAAUUUCAGGCUGCCGGACUUCAUCAACCCGGUGCACUACGACCUGGAGAUGAAGCCCCUGAUGGAAGAGGACACGUACACGGGCAGCGUGACCAUCUCCAUCAACGUCAGCUCGCCCACCCGGUACCUGUGGCUGCACCUGCGGGAGACCAGGAUCACCCAGCUCCCGGUGCUGCGGAGGCCCUCCGGGGAUCAGGUGCAAGUCAGACGGUGCUUCCAGUACACACAGCAGGAGUAUGUGGUGGUCGAGGCGGGAGAAGAGCUUGCGCCCAGCAGUGGGGAGAGUCUCUAUGCCCUGACUAUGGACUUCGCCGGCUGGCUGAACGGCUCGCUCGUGGGGUUUUAUAAAACGACCUACGUGGAGGGAGGACAAGUCAAGAGCAUAGCAGCCGCUGAUCAUGAACCAACAGACGCCAGGAAAUCCUUCCCUUGUUUCGAUGAGCCCAACAAAAAGGCAACUUAUACAAUAUCUAUCAUCCAUCCCAAAGAAUAUGAGGCACUUUCAAAUAUGCCAGUGGAGAAACAAGAGUCGCUGGAUAAUGAAUGGACUCGAACAACUUUCCAGAAGUCUGUCCCCAUGAGCACAUACCUGGUGUGCUUUGCUGUGCACCAGUUUGCAUCCGUACAGAGAACGUCGAAUCGGGGAAUACCUCUCACUAUAUAUGUCCAGCCAGAGCAAAAGCACACAGCUGAAUAUGCUGCAAACAUAACUAAAACUGUGUUUGAUUAUUUUGAAGAAUACUUUGGUAUGAAUUAUUCUCUUCCUAAAUUAGAUCAAAUAGCUAUUCCAGAUUUUGGCACUGGCGCCAUGGAGAACUGGGGGCUCAUCACUUACAGGGAAACGAACCUGCUUUAUGACCCUGAGGAAUCAGCCUCGUCAAACCAACAGAGGGUGGCCAGUGUGGUUAGCCAUGAACUUGUGCAUCAGUGGUUUGGAAAUAUUGUGACCAUGGACUGGUGGGAAGACCUGUGGCUCAAUGAGGGGUUUGCAUCCUUCUUUGAGUUCCUGGGAGUGAACCACGCAGAAGGAGAGUGGCAGAUGCUUGACCAGAUCCUACUUGAAGAUGUCUUACCUGUUCAAGAGGAUGAUUCUUUGAUGUCUUCACACCCAAUUGUUGUCACUGUGGCAACUCCUGCUGAAAUAACAUCUGUUUUUGAUGGAAUCUCCUAUAGCAAGGGAGCUUCCAUUCUGAGAAUGCUUGAAGACUGGAUAACACCAGAGAAAUUCCAAAGAGGAUGUCAGAUUUACUUGGAAAAAUAUCAAUUUAAGAAUGCAAAAACUUCAGAUUUUUGGGAAGCACUUGAAGAGGCAAGCAAUCUGCCCGUUGAAGAAGUAAUGGACACCUGGACCAGACAGAUGGGCUAUCCGGUGCUCAAUGUGAAUGACAGAACAAACCUCUCACAGAAACGCUUUCUGUUGGACCCAACAGCCAAUUCUUCCCAGCCACAUUCUGUGCUUGGUUACACAUGGAAUAUUCCAGUUAGAUGGACUGAAGAUAAUGUUUCAAGUAUUACAAUCUACAAUAGGUCAGAAACAGGAGGAAUCACUUUGGAUUCUUCUAAUCCUAGUGGAAAUGGCUUUCUCAAAAUAAACCCAGAUCAUAUUGGGUUUUAUCGUGUAAAUUAUGAAGUACCAACUUGGGACUGGAUAGCUACCAAUCUUUCCCUCAACCACGAGGGCUUUUCUUCUGCUGAUCGUGCAAGUUUUAUUGAUGAUGCUUUUGCUUUGGCAAGAGCUCAACUUCUAGACUAUAAAGUGGCUCUGAACUUGACCAGAUAUCUCAAAAUGGAACAGGACUAUUUACCAUGGCAGAGAGUCAUUUCAGCUAUAACCUAUAUCAUCAGCAUGUUUGAAGAUGAUAACGAAGUAUACCCUUUGAUUGAGGACUACUUCCAAGGUCAAGUGAAGCCCCUUGCCGAUUCUCUGGGAUGGACUGACACUGGAGACCACGUCACAAAGUUGCUCCGUGCCUCUGUGCUAGGGCUCGCGUGCAGGAUGCAAGAUAGAGAAGCCUUGGGCAAUGCUUCCCAGUUAUUUCAGGAGUGGCUGAGCGGGACUGCAAGGCUUCCUGUAAAUCUCAGGCUUCUGGUAUAUCGGUACGGAAUGCAGACCUCUGGCAAUGAGACUUCGUGGAACUAUACUCUUGAUCAAUACCAGGAAACUUCACUAGCUCAAGAAAAAGAAAAACUGCUGUAUGGGUUAGCAUCAGUGAGGAAUGUUACUCUUUUGUCAAGGUAUUUGGAUUUGCUCAAGGACUCAAGCGUUAUUAAAACUCAGGAUGUGUUCACAGUCAUCCGAUAUAUCUCAUAUAACAGCUAUGGGAAGAGCAUGGCCUGGAACUGGAUACAGCUCAACUGGGACUAUCUGGUCAACAGAUACACGAUCAAUGACAGAUACCUUGGCAGAAUCGUCACGAUAGCAGAGCCAUUCAACACGGAGCUACAGCUCUGGCAGAUGGAGAGCUUUUUCAAAAAAUAUCCAGAAGCUGGAGCAGGAGAACAACCGAGGGAGCAAGUGUUGGAAACAGUCAGAAACAACAUCGAGUGGCUAAAACAAAAUAGAGAUGCCAUAAAACAAUGGUUUCUUGAUUUAUCUAGGAAUGGUUAAUGUGUUCAAACAUCGGAUUUUAAUUUUGUGAAUCUAUUGUUCUCCUAUUAAGCAGUUGGUGGCCUAAUUUACCAGCUAUGGAGGAAGCGUUAUGCAUAGAUACCGCUGUUGCUAAGCAUUGUGUUUACUCAUGUGUCUUGCAAAGCUUUCAAACAAUUCCUCUUUGUUUAUGAAGGAAGAUACUCAUAGAGUAGUUAAUGUACUCAGGGAUUUCUUCUAAGUGUACUUCAUAGAAGAUUCUUUACAAACUGAAGAGAAGUUAAUAGCCAUUUUAAUGUCUUUAAAUAUCAUACUUUGUGUCUUAAAUCUGUGAAAAUAGAACAAUUUGGUCUUAGCUGUACAUUUUUAGUACCAAAGAAACGGGACUUAAUCUUCUCUCCUGAUUGAUUUUUAAAGUUUAAAUACCAGUACUUGAGGGACCAAUCUUACCAUCUUAAUCUUUAUUUUAUUAUUCAGAAUUACACAGAUCUAAUAUCAGUUUAUUCACAUAUGUCUUACUCCUUUAAAUCCUACCAAAGCAACCCGGACUUAAAUUUUACUCAAGGAUAGCAUGAAUUAGCCAAAGAAAUGGCUGACUGUUGCCUUUGCUCUUAUAAAAUCAACAAGAGAACUCUCCUCUCCUUUUAAAAAUAAAAUUGAAUGAUUACUUG